CCACUGCAGCUGAGAAUGUGGGUACCUGUGAAAUCUACCAUCACCCUGUGGACAUGACAUGGGGAGAGUUCAGUGCUUUGGCCAGCCCCAAAGGACUGUCACUCUGGCUAUGCUCACCUGGUGCCACUGUGCUCAGAAACAACUGGCUGUCCAUCUCCCUGUUGUGUCCCAGUUGUUCCUACGGCCCCUCGAUGCCCAUGGCACCAGGUAUAUGCACCAAUGCUCUGGCACUCCAGGAUGCUCCAGGCUGGUGGUGCAACUCAUCUCAGUUUCCCAAACAAUGAACACACUUUCACCUACAGUCAGAUAGUCCCAGUAGUGCUCACCAUAUAAAUACCCCCUAGGCAUUGCCCUUGUGACUACACUAGCCAAUAAUGGGUUUCCCUGAAGAAGAACAUCUCCCUCCACCUGGUCCCAAGGUGAAAUACCUUGGGUGGAUGCAGUGUGGGAGGAAUGAGGUGGCACUGUGUGUGCAGAUCCCUAGGUGUGAGCUCUCUUUCACCAGCUUGCUGUGACUCCCACAGCUGUACACAGCAGGAUAAUGCACAGAUCAUCCUCAUCCAACUAGCACCUCCCACCUGAUCUUAAAUUUCAGCUGUGCCUGAAGUCCAACUGGGUCCUGCACUCCAAACCCGAUGAUGCAAGCUAGUCUGCCCCGCACUGCAAAGUCCUGGUCUAUUCCCAUGUUCCCUGACACCGUGCCAGGAUGCAAACCCUGUGCGAUGGCCACACUCUCCUGCGACAUGGCUGCAGCCUGCAUGCUGGGAGAGGGAUGGAGGGAUCCGAGGAGCUGGAAAACAGCCUCCUGACCCAGCCCUGGGCUUCUGUUUGCUUUGGCAAGUCCACUUUUCUUGCCAAAGUGUGCUUCAGGGAUACUGGCUAUAUCCUGCUGAUCUCUGACCUCACCGGUGUCUGGUACGAGAGUGCAGAUGCUGAGGCUGUGGGACAAAGGUCCAAGUGCUGUGCUGUGCCCCCUAACCUUGCCUUUUCCCAGGAGCUGAACAAGCGGCUGACGGUCCACGUGUCCUCCUUCCUGAACCACUUGUGCAACUUGAUGUGCCCCUUGCUGGCAGGGCAGUCAGGUGCCACCACUGCCUUCUCCUGCCACCGCUCUCCCAGUGGCCUCAGGCUGCACGUGAAAAGCGAGCUGUCAGGACUGCCCUUCUGCUGGGACUUCCACUGCUGCCCAGCUCCCUUGGACAUGGUGUCCCGUCACCUCGUGCGGCCCCUGAUUCAGAUGAACCUGGUGCUGCAGUGCCAGGUGCAAGAGCUGAUUUCCCUGCUGCUGCAGAAGGAUGCUGAGAUUGAAGAUUACAGGGAGAGCGGGGCCACACUCAGCAGAGACCGCCUGCGGACAGAGCCCUUCCAGGAGGAGAUGUUUCAGCAGAACUUCAUGGCUGAGACCCUGCCCCGGAUCUGCAGUGCGGGAGAAGGGCAGGCGUUUGCCUCUGCUCUGCAGCAGCUCUACACUGCAGUGACACAGCAGGAGGUCAAGCAGGCUCGGAAAAGGCAUUGCUCUGAGGAUGAUGUGGAUACAGCACCCACUGCAGAGACCGUAAAGCACCCCCAUUCACCUGCUGCAUCCCAGGAAGAUGAAACGACAUCUUCCAGCGAGAGAACCUCGCCAGCCUCCUCCCCAUCUCAGAAGCCCCGGCUGCCUGCAGCCAAGGCCAAGCCAAAGAAGGCAAAAGGGCUCUUCAGCUGAAGGACUGCUGCCAACCCUGCUGAGGUCUCUGCUUCCCCCAGCAUUCAAGAGAGGCAGUGAACAGAACCCAUGCAUCAACUGCACCUCCUCAUGGACCCUGCCCAGGUCAUGGUCCUCUCCCAAGAUGUCUCCAGCUGGGGAGAUAGAGCUCCUUUCUUCAACAGUGUUUCAGGAAACAGGUUUUCUAACUCUUCCCUGGUGCAGAGUUUGCCCAGGCUUCCUCUCAUGGCAGAGCCAGUGGUGGAUGUGGAAGAAGUGGGAGGGAUGCUGCCAGUGGGUGUGGGACAGCUGGGGCUCUGGCAGAGCUGUGGGGUUUGGCUGCUCUUGAGUGGGUUUUCAAUAAAGGGCUGUGUCUGGGUGAGA